UGGACACGCCUGUUUUUCAGAAAGUACAACUGAGGCCUGGGACGGGGAGCUGCUUGGAUGGCCACACAGGCACAGUGCAGGGACUGGGACCCCUGGGCUGGCGGGGACCAUGAGGUUGGCCCAGCCUGGAGAACCUGCAAGCUCUCGGCACUUGGCCCAGGAAGCUCGGGCUCCCCACACGAUGACCUCCAUGCAGAGCCGAGGACUGGACCUCUCAUGCCCCUCAACUCCAACCAUGCACAGAAAUGCCGGGGUGCGGGGAGAGCCCAGUGUCAGCCCCACGGGGGGUGAGGACAUAGCAGGUCAUGGUCCAUGUCUUCUGACCCUUCCACGAAACAAAAAUCUCAUCGGGCAGAAGAGAGUGACAUUCUCCAGCAGGGCUGACCCACCACCCCGUGGCCUGCACAGCCCUGGGCAGGCAGCAGACGCAGACACACCGGUGGCCUGGGGCAAGGCCCUGGGUCCUGUUCCCAUUCUGUCUCCGCUGCCCAUGACCUGGGCUCUGGCCCCUCACUCUUCUGGCUCCCCUGAGGCAGUGGCCAGCUGGGGUCACCUUUCUGCCUCCACAAGCCCUAACCCAGGGCUUGCAGAACCGGGGGUCAGGAACACAGUGUGUGGGGUGAGCCCAGUCACCUUCGUGGUACCAGCACAAGAACCAAGCCCCUGCCUGAGGAAGGGCAGCCUGGCCACGGCCACGUGGGGCGAGAGCUGGAGCUUGGAUGGGGGCUGCCUCACCCAGGAACCAGACCCAAACCUGCCGGGUUGGCCCUGCCUCCCAGGUAGAAGGGGAGUUGAUCCAGGACAGGAUAUACCUCCUGCCUGGGCGAUGCGUGUGCCCCAAGAGCUCUCAAGAAACUAGAGGUCAUGAAGGAGCCACCUCCUCCUCCAUCCUUCCUGCAUACCUCACACGCACAUGCACACACGUGUGAGCACAUGCUCACAC